GAACAAGCCCCAUAUAUUCGUGGAAUUAACCCAAGAAAUAACACAUCUUAAAAAUUGUAGCCCUCCAGUCCGCUUCUCCAAUCAAAAUCGUUACUGAAAAUCCAGAAUCUGAUUAACAUUUUCUGCAAUUAUCAUUAGAUUUCCUUUUUCAUGGCUGUCCCAAGUGAGCUAGGAUUGCAAUUGCUGCUUUGCCCUCUUAAUUCCAACAUUGUUGUCCGUACAGCUUGUUGUUCUGUGGGAAUUGCUUUACCUGUGUACUCAACGUUCAAAGCUAUCGAGAAAAAGGAUCAAAAUGAGCAACAACGAUGGCUUGUUUAUUGGGCGGCUUUUGGAUCUUUCAGUCUCGCAGAAAUGUUUACAGACAAAAUUCUAUCCUGGUUUCCACUUUACUAUCAUGUGAAGUUUGCUUUUCUUGUUUGGUUACAACUUCCAUCCGCCAAUGGGGCAAAGCGUUUGUACAUGGGCCAUUUGCGCCCAUUCUUACUGAAACAUCAAGCAAGAAUGGAUCAAAUUUUGGAGUUUGUAUAUCGUGAAAUGAGUAAAUUUGUCAGUGCACACGGAGCAGAAUUACAGUUUGCAAAGACCCUUUUAAUGAAGGCUCUGGAAUUCGCAAACGGACUGGUUAGGGAUGUCAUACGCCCGGUGCAGAGGCAAGCAGACGGUGUAAUUGAGGGCCCUCAAGACUCAGAAUCAGAUAAAGAAGAUUGAUGCUUUCUCCCCAGAAGUUUGUUUCAAAUAUCCCUUUGUUUCGUUUCCUUUUUCCUUUUUUUUUUUUUCUUUUUUUCUUUUGGGCGGUAUAGGUAUUUAAUAGCUUCAGGUACUGUAUAUAUAGAUAUCAUAUUUGCCAGUUCCGAUGGCUUGUUUCUUCACUUUCUUUGAUUUUUUU